GACCAAUGUUUCCAUAACGAUGGCUUCAUAAUUACUAUAAUUGAAGCCCUGUGUACAUGAUGAUCAUGCUUCUACUACGCUGGCUUGGGGUGUUUCUGUCCUUUUCUGGACACACUCGGGCUGAGUACCCCCAAUAUCACAGUGCUCCAGAAGUGGUGAUUCCCUUGAAGGUAACAGGCGCUAGCCUCAAUAUGAAGUUUCCAGGCUGGCUCUGUUAUGGUCUUCAUUUCGGAGGUGAGAGACACAUUGUCUACAUGAAGGUCAAGAAGCAUUUGCUGUCCAGACACUUCCCAGUGUUCACCUACAGCGACCAAGGUGCUCUCCUUGAGGAUCAGCCUUUUGUUCAGAAUGACUGCUACUAUCAUGGUUAUGUGGAGGGGGACCCAGAAUCCCUGGUUGCCCUCAGUACCUGUUUUGGUGGCUUUCGAGGAUUGUUACAGAUAAAUGACAUUGCUUAUGAAAUUAAGCCCAUGAUUUUGUCUACCAAGUUUGAACAUCUGAUAUAUAAAAUGGAUAGAGAGGAGACUCAAUUCAAAACCAUGAAAUCUGGCUUUAUGCAAGAGGAAAUUGUACAGCAAUUUGAGUUUCAAGAGAUUGGUAAUUCUACUCUGAAGCAAAGUUCUUAUGAGGGCUGGUGGCCCCACAGGUACUUUAUUGAAAUAGUAGUGGUGGUUGACAAUAGUCUCUAUCUUCAAAGUAAAAAAAAUGUCUCAGCAGUGCAGGAAGAUAUAUAUGUUAUGGUAAAUAUAGUGGAUUCCAUUUAUGAGAUAACAGGUCUUAAGGUUUUAUUGUUUGGCAUGGAGGUGUGGACUCAAGCAAACUACAUUGAAGUAGAUGAUGUAAAGAGAUCUCUGGCAAUUUUUUGCAAUUGGAAGGUUGAAAACCUUGUUUCCCGCAUGCCACAUGAUUCUGCACAUCUUUUAAUAUAUAAGACAUUAAGAGGAAUGAGUGGUUUAUCCUAUACUUCAGGAACGUGUAGACCACCCUAUAGUUGUUCAGUCAUCACUCUUACAAGAAAACCCUUCACUGUUAAUGGAAUUGCAAUGGCUCAUCAUAUAGGGCAUGGUUUGGGUUUAAUGCAUGAUAGAUUUUUGUGUACAUGUGGAAAACAUAAAUGUAUCAUGCAUUUUGAUAAUCCACCAGUAACUAAAUUUAGCAAUUGUAGUUAUGCUGCUUUAUGGAAUUAUGCUGUGGCUCAGGCAAAAUGCUUGUUCUAUAAUAUAUACACAAGUGACAUAUUUAACCGAAAACGCUGUGGGAAUGGUAUUGUUGAAGGAGAAGAGGAGUGUGACUGUGGAACUUUGCAGCAAUGCGUAAAAGAUGCCUGUUGUCUGUCAAACUGCACCCUGAGUUUUGGGUCUAAAUGUGCUUAUGGGCUUUGUUGCCAGGACUGCAAGUUCUUACCAUCAGGGAAAAUGUGUAGAAAGGAGAUCAAUGAAUGUGAUCUUCCAGAAUGGUGCAAUGGAACGUCUCAUAUGUGCCCAGAUGAUGUAUAUGUGGAAGAUGGAAUUCCCUGUAAUGAUAGUGCCUACUGCUACGAAAAAAGAUGCAAUGACCGCAAUUCACAGUGUAAGCAGAUUUUUGGCCAACAGGCAAAGAAUGCAAACCACAAUUGCUACAAAAAAAUAAACACCCUAGGUGACCGUUUUGGUAACUGUGGUACCCGAAACUUUUCAUAUAUAAAGUGUAAUAUCUCAGAUAUCUUGUGUGGGAGAAUUCAGUGUGAGGGUGUAACUAAACUUCCUCUUCUAACAGAUCAUUCUACUGUGCAUUGGAUUGAGUACAAUGGUGUUAACUGCUGGGGUACUGACUACCACAUUGGGAUGACCAUACCUGAUAUAGGUGCAGUGAAAGAUGGCACAGAGUGCGGUGAAGAACAUGUCUGCAUCCAUAAGAAGUGUGUCCAUAUAUCUCACUUGCAUAGUAAUUGUUCACCUUCGUUCUGUAAUCAGAGGGGGAUCUGCAACAAUAAACAUCACUGCCAUUGCAACUAUAUGUGGGACCCUCCCAACUGCCUAAUAAAAGGCCAUGGAGGUAGUAUUGACAGUGGUCCACCCCCUAGAAGAAAGAAGAUUCAGAAGAUUUAUGUGUUAUUGUUUUCACUGUUUUGGUUGUUAGUUUUAUUAUGUUGUCUUUUGUGUCUUUGUAUGAAGAAAAGAACUAAGGUAAAAGAGCAAAUUGUUGAGCCUCCCCCUAACAUGAAUGUAGCUGAGACACCAGAAUCAAAAGCAACACCAAAUAUUCCAGCCCAAGAAGUGAAACCCCCACCGAAUAUUCCGAUUCAACAACAGAAACCCCCACCAAAUAUUCCGAUUCAACAACAGAAACCCCCACCAAAUAUUCCAAUUCAACAACAGAAAGCCCCACCAAAUAUUCCGAUUCAACAACAGAAACCCCCACCAAAUAUUCCGAUUCAACAACAGAAACCCCCACCAAAUAUUCCACCUCCACAACAGAAACCCCCACCAAAUAUUCCACCUCCACAACAGAAACCCCCACCAAAUAUUCCACCUCCACAAUGGAGACCCUCAUAA